UGUGAUAGUAUAGCAUAGGAUGACCAUCUUAUUGCAAUUCAGUCUAUAGAUUAUUAUAAUAUGUUCACUCUAUGUAGUCGUAUGGGUAGUGAUGACGAAAAAUAUAUACUGUUGUCAGCCAUUGGAAGUACUGAUGCUUAGGGUUAAGGUUGCCAUCAAUUGGUUGGCCGUAUGUGUGGAUUGACUGUCGAGUCGACUCCAGUGUAGUUAGUGUUUGUCAUUACUGUAUGUUAUGUAUGUGUUUGUGUAAUACUGUGUAUUAUAUGACUGUUAUGUGUGUAUGUGUUGUGUAUUAAUAUUUACCUCAAAAAUAAUGAUCACUUGAAUUGUCUAAUACUUCACACUUAAUACUAAACACUAAACAUAAGAUCGACUGUAAUAACAAUAUUUGUUGUGAUAUUUUGUAGACAAACAGCAAACCAGUGAUUAACAGAUAAUUACAUAAUAUUAUUGAAACCAAUUGGAUGUGACUAUCAGUGAUAUGAACUAAUUUCAUACAAAUUGACCACUGAUUGUCAUUAUAUAUGAUAUGAUAUGAUAUAUACCUAUAUAUCAUAGUAUAAUGUCUAAUAUCUUACGUUUUUUAGUGUUGUUUGUGGUGAUCAACAACUUAUAUAAAAGUCCUCAAAAAUAUUUAUUUAUGUCUUAAUGAAGAAGAGUUAGUGAUGGCCAGUGCUAAGGCUGGUGUACAUGUGGUCAAACUGAAGCCCAUUUCAGUACCAAUUAAACUACAAAAUGGUACAAAAUUUAUGAAAUGGGACGACGACUCGGGUGUGGGAACACCGGUCACACUACGGGUCGACAAAAAAGGUUUUUUCUUGUACUGGACGGACCAAUACAAGGAAACGGAGUUUCUUGAGAUCUCGAGUAUACGCGAUACACGAACCGGAAGAUUUGCAAAAUUACCGCGAAAUGAAGGAAAACUUAAGGAUUCAUUGAUUCUGGGAAGUGCUGACGUACCUCUUGAGGACAAGACUGUCACUGUUGUCUAUGGACCUGAUCUCGUAAAUGUCAAUUUCAUCAACUUUUGCUGUCACAGCAAAGAGAUGGCUCAUGAAUGGUGUGAUGAGUUGCUUAAAAUGGCUUAUAAUAUACUGGCCAUCAAUGCCUCCGUUCAUACAUUCCUCGAGAAGGCUUACACUAAGAUGCUUCUGAUGACUGACAGAGAGGGCAAACUUCCCAUCAAAAAUAUCAUCAAAAUGUUUGCGACACAAAAGGAUGACAAGAAAAGAGUGGAAAAGGCAUUAGAAUUGUGUGGACUUCCCUUUGGAAAGAAUGAUACCAUACUUACAGACAACUUCUCAAUGGAUGUCUUCUUGACUUUCUAUCAAAAUCUUGUCGGAAGGUCUGAAGUGAAGAAAAUUUUUGAGCACUUGUGCGGAUUGGAUGGUUUGUCGAGCAAUAAAAAGAAAUAUAUGACAAUCGAUCAAUUAGUGGAUUUCCUUAAUAAAGAGCAACGGGACCCGAGACUCAAUGAGAUACUAUACCCUUACGCUGAUAGGAAUCGCUGCCGAGAUAUCAUUGAACAGUACGAACCCAAUAAAACUAACGCUCAAAAAGGUUUGCUUUCAUUUGAGGGCUUUUCUCGGUAUUUAAUGAGUGAUGACAACACUAUCGUCGCACCCGAAAAAUUUGAUCUCAACUCCGAUAUGGACCAACCUCUCAGUCAUUACUUUAUUAAUUCAAGUCAUAACACAUAUCUUACUGGUCAUCAAUUGACUGGCAAGUCCUCUGUUGAAGUCUAUCGACAAUGUCUUUUAGCCGGUUGUCGCUGUAUUGAACUCGACUGUUGGAAUGGCAAGAACUCAGAUGAAGAACCUAUUAUAACUCAUGGUUAUACUGUAGUCACUGAUAUUCCUCUUCUCGAAGUAUUGGAAGCUAUCAAUGAAAGUGCGUUCAAGACAUCAGCAUAUCCGGUGAUUUUAUCAUUUGAAAACCAUUGUUCCCCUAAACAACAGGCAAAGAUGGCAAACUAUUGUCGCAAAAUAUUUGCGGAACAACUUAUUACAGAACCACUUUCAACAAACCCACUAAAACCGUCAUCGGCAUUGCCCUCUCCUAACCUAUUAUUAAGAAAAAUUAUAAUUAAAAAUAAGAAAAAACAUCACAUAAGAAACAGAAAAGCCAGGAAUCAACAGAUUCUUCUAGAGGAACAAGAAUCACAGCAAUUGCAGCAAUUACAACAAUUACAACAAUUACARCAAUUACAGCAAUUACAACAAUUACAACAAUUGCAACAAAURCAACAAAUGCAACAAAUGCAACAAUUACAACAAUUACAACAAUUAGAGUCAAACACUAAUACAGUUGCAAUACCAUCUACACCUGAGCGCCGUCCCACUCUUGUAACGAGUAAUAGUGAUGAGAGUAGUAGUCAUAUCGACAAUGAGGAYAGUUGUCAUCUGAAUGGUACUGAAGACACCAAUCAAAAUGCCGCCAAAAGCGUCAGCUGUGAUAUCGAUGAGAUUGACUCAGACUCGAGUAUAGAUGAUGACGAUGUGCCGCCACCUGAGGAAGUGAUGGAAGUACAGGGAACUGCCAGUAAAGAGUCGGAAGCGGGCGCUGAGAUGUCUGCCUUAGUUAUCUACGUACAGCCCGUGCGCUUCCAUUCAUUUGAAUACGCAGAAAAAAGAGACCGUAGUUUUGAAGUGUCAUCUUUUGUCGAAACACAGGCCACCAGUUUGUUAAAGGAAAGACCCGUAGAGUUUGUUAAUUUUAAUAAAAGACAAUUGAGUCGAAUCUAUCCGAAGGGUACAAGAGUUGACUCAAGUAAUUAUAUGCCACAAGUUUUCUGGAACGCCGGCUGUCAGAUGGUUGCCCUUAACUUUCAAACAUUAGAUCUGGGAAUGCAAUUAAAUUUAGGAAUAUUUGAAUAUAACGGCAGAAGUGGUUUCUUAUURAAACCAGAUUUUAUGCGACGUCAGGACAGAAAGUUCGAUCCAUUUACUGAAUCCACAGUCGAUGGCAUUAUUGCCGGAACCGUUACUAUUAAAAUCAUUUCGGGUCAAUUUUUAUCAGAUAAAAGAGUUGGUACUUUUGUUGAGGUCGAUAUGUAUGGACUACCCGCUGAUACAGUGCGUCGAAAGAGAACUAAAACGGUUACUGCAAAUGGCAUUAAUCCUGUCUAUGAUGAGGAACCGUUUGUUUUUAAGAAAGUAGUUCUACCAGAACUGGCUUGUCUUAGAAUUGCUGUAUUUGAAGAAAAUAAUCGAUUUAUUGGCACAAGAGUUCUUCCAGUAGUUGGUCUACGACCGGGUUUUAGACACAUUUCAUUGCGCAAUGAAUCGGGUCAACCAUUAACAAUGCCCACACUUUUUGUACACAUAACAGUCAAGGACUAUGUUCCCGACGGUCUUUCAGAAUUGGCCGAUGCAUUGGCCAAUCCUAUUGCCUAUCAAUCAAUGGUAGAGAAACAUGCGAAGCAGUUGUUGGCACUAACGGAUGAAAUUGAUGACACYGUUUCUAAUUCUCAAACAGACACUUCUUAUAAAGUUACUGUAAACGCAUCACCUGAACACCAAAUGCUUGCCAGAAGAUACACUUCUGAUGAAGAGAAGAAACCAAAUAAGAUUUCCAUUUCUAAAGAAUCAAAUGAUUUGAGUUCUACUACUAAUACAGUCGACUCUGCAAACGGCAGUUUCCAUAAACCUGUGAUGACCGCACUUUCCAAUACAUCUUCACCUGUCCAUAGGGUAUCUGCAUCACCACUACUAAGACAGGAUACACUUAACAAACGUCUUAAUCAGUCUAUAAGAAGUCUUUCAGACGACGGCACGAUUGAAAAGCCGUCGUCAUUAUUAGAGUCGACUGAAGCCAAUAUAAACGCUGAAUCGUUGGAUAAAAUUAAAGAACACAAAAUGGUUCAAAAAGUGAUGAAUAAAAUUGAAAAAGAUUUGGUGUCCGUCCGCAAGAAAUAUGAUAAACUUAAAGAUAAGAAAAGAGAAUUAGUUGAACAAGAAGAGGAACGCAUAACACAGGCACAGGAGAAACAUAAGACUGCUUGGGUUAAGUCACACUCAAAACUGUCUAAGAAGUCAUCAUCAGCUGAUGGAGUCUUUGCUUGUCUUUUCCCAUUCUCGUUAUGUCCUCUAUUGCACUGUCAUUUCCACCAAUUGUUCCGUCAAUCCCAUGAAUCCCACAAAUCCUGCUAUCUUAGGCCGUCACGAACUAGAAGACAAAGUUUGCAAUUCUUGUCUAUGCCAUCCUAUAGGCACCUCAUGAAGAGGAGGAGUGAAGUGGACCUCCAAAGUGUUCUUAACGAACAUCAGAGCAAAAUUGAAGAAUUACACCGCAAUUAUUCUCAAACAAUGUUAAGCCUUAAUCAGGAACAGUACAAAACAGAACUUGAACUCUACGAUAARUACCACGAACAGGUCUGUACUUCAAUUGAAAAAGCAAUCCAUGUUUCUCAGUCAGCCCAACAACAACAUCUUCAAACACUUCACGAUCAAGAAGUUAAUUCACUGAUGAAGAGAUUGGAAGCGCAAAACAAAGAGGAGUUAUUGACAUUAAGUAAGAAACACAAAGACAAGAAUGAAUUGGCGCGUAUCAAACGGGAACUCCAACAGAAACUCAUCGAACAGGCAGUCGCUGAAAGACAACGAUUUAGUUGUUUACUCGAUAAACGAAAGACUGAACUCGAAGCACGACAUGAAGUGGUCAGAAAAAAAUUCGAAGAAGAAAAACAUCUAAUUCUUGAAAAAAGAAGAACUGAAUACGAAGAGAARUGUCAAUUCUUAGUUAAACAAUUAGAGUUAAAUCCUAUAUUAUUUACAUCAUCUUUGGCCACCACUUCUGGUUCUUUAACACAUAGUAUUCAAUCACACGAUUCAUCAACUGCUUUGUGAUGAUUAUUACUGGAAUUGAUGUCAUUUGAGUUGAAAUUGACAAAUGAUCUCUAAUUUGUUACAUUACAAGACUGACAACUAUCACUUGAUUUCUAGUCCAACACUUGCCUACAAUGGCAUAGAUUGGUAGUGCAAAUAAUAUGCUAUUACAGCAAUACAAUUAUUGUACAGUAUAUUGAGUGACACAACACUUGUAAGAUACAGAUUUAAUUAAUAUUCAAACCUAACGACACAUACAUUUCCAAUCUAUAAUAAUAGAAAUUAUUUAUAUAAUUAUUUAAAAAAGCAUCCAAUAAAUC